ACAGAGCACGGGCAGUGCGAGUGACGAAUGCGCCUGCGGUAGAGUAGGGUAGGCGCAGCUCGCAGCUGCAAGUGACGUUGGCCGUUAGGCGACAGCUGCUGCUGACAACACCUGGCCUCAGCAGCAGCUACUUGCCAUGUACUCGCGGGCUCUCGCUUGUAGCGUGCGCCAACGUCCGAACGCACCUCGAAAAGCCCAGUGCGCUAAAUGACAGGCUCGCAGGCACGAGAGAAUUAGUCGCACUUGCGAUCGCGAGUGGUUGCGCUGACAGUACACGACGGAUAAGUGCAGACAGCCCAGUGGCCGCGGACAUCAAUCGAGUCACGCACUAACCAUCGACGCAUAAAGCAAUUAGAGGAGCAAAUAUCAUGGAGCUCGAGCUCUGACCGGCGCUUGUAGUCGGUGAAUAAGCCUUCCACUAAUAACUGUGGCGGAAGAGCCUAUUCGCGCGAACGCGGGCCGAGCGCGGCCAGAAGGCCCUGGCAAAUCAAGAUUGCUGCGGCGCCAGCGACGGGGCCAAAGCACGUCGAGACGUCGAAGGCACUCGAGACAAGUCCUCGAGCAUUCGACCGAAAUAGCGGUUGCAGGUGGCGCGGGGCGCAGCUCCGACGGCAGCAGCACUGCGGGCUAGCCCGGUCUGCCGAUCCGAUGAGGAGGGCACGCGUGCACGCAGUCCACCGCUGCUCGUAGCUGGCAGGCGAGCUCCCAGACCGCAGCCGACAGCGCCGAGCCAACUCCGCUCGUCCGGCGAGCCAUGCCCCACGCGAUAGAGUCGGCGGCGCCGGACCAGGCCGCGGCGAGCCAGCAACCGGGCGCCAGCAGGGCCCGCGAGCUGGGCCUGCGCGCGCAGAAGAAGCUGCUGAGUCGGCUGGCGGCGUCCCAGGCCGGCAAGGCGCUGCUGAUCGACGAGCCGACGAGCGCGCUGCUGGACAACUUGCACGCGCUGAUGGAGCGCGCUGCCCGCGGCCGGCCCGAGCUGCUGCGCCGCCAGCCGGACAAGGUGCUGAAGAACGUGGUGAAGCUGUCGGUGAAGGUGGGCCUGCUGCAGCGCGGCCAGCAGCUGGGCGCGGCCGACGCGGGCCGCGUGCUGGAGCUGCGCAGGGCCCUGCGCGCCGCCGCCCUGGCCGCGCUGUCGUUCUACGAGCUCGAGUUCAGCUUCGACCGUGGCUACAUGAGUGGCGCGCUGGAGCGCUGCCGCGCGGCGCUGCAGGCGCUCAUCAGGCCCCACCUCAGCGACAAGUCGCUCGAGCGCGUCGACCAGGUCUUCGACUUCGUGGCCCACCCGGACUUCCUCGAAGCCGUCUUCGGCCAAGGUUCGGCGCUCAGGCCGGCGCUGGGCGCGCUAGUGCUCGACCUCGACAAGGCCCUCGAGGCCGGCCAGCUUUGACGCGGCUCGCCCCUCGCCCGUCGAUCGAGCUUUCGCAGUUUUCGAGCGACGCCCAUCCUCUGUUCGAGCCGUCGAGUCUUAUUUGGCUGAGUAUAGUGCCGAGCAGACACAUCCAUAUCGAUAAGAUAAUCACGGUCGAUGCUCUUGCAAUAUUUCAGCAAAGGCUUGAGUAUCGAUCAAUUUUUGUACAAAAUAGACAGUCGAGGUGCGGUAUUUUAACAAUAAACGCGAUCAAGGUUUCAUGUAGUAUAUAGCGUGUUUGCUGUACCCUAAAUAAAAUAUUUCUAAUAACA